AUGCAGAGAAGAAGCGAAGCGCAGGAAGCCGAGCGCUCCGCGCUUCUUGGCGACGCGGCGCGCUCCCCCGGCGGCCCGGAGAGCCCUGGCAACAGCAAGGGGGUUGACGUCCCCAAUAUCCCCGUCAGCCUCUGGCGAGGCAUCGCCAUCGGCCUCAGUCUCGGCAUCCUGAUAUUCCUCCAAGCCACAAACAUGUCCGGCAUGACCAUGAUCCAGGGCCAGGUCGCCGACGACCUUGACGCGCACGCCGCCGCCUCGUGGUUCACCGCCGCCUACCUGAUCCCGCUGUCCUCGUUCGCCUCCGUCGCCGGCCGGCUGGCCACCGUCUUCUCGCCGCGCGGCCUGGUGCUGCCCGUCGGCGCGCUCUUCGCCGCCGGCGCGCUCGUCACCGCGCGCGCGACCUCCUUCGCGGCGCUCGUGCUCGGCCGCGCGCUCGCGGGGACCGGCGGCGCCGGCGUGCUCGGGCUCUGCGUCAUCUUCGUGCUUGAGCUGACGACGAGGCGCCGCCGCGGGCUGUUCAUCGCGCUGGUCAACACGGGCUUCACGGCGGGCGUGGCGGUCGGCGCGGUCGUGUACGGCGCGCUCCUGCCGGUAAUGGGAUGGCGUCCCAUCUUCAUGUGGCAAAUCCCCGUGUCGCUGAUUGGAGGCGUUGCUUCCUUCGUCAGCCUCCCCAGCAGCAUGAAGCCGGGCGGCGGUGAUCUCCUCCACAAACCAGGAACAACGAAACAGAAGCUGGCGCGCAUCGACUACCUCGGAGCUUUCCUACUGGCAAGUUCAUUCCCGUUCCCCACCCCAGCCGAGCAGUGCUUCACCAUCGUCCUCUUCCUCUACAGCCUCGCCGCCGACGUGCACCCGCUCACCCUCGGCCUGUCGCUCGCGUCGCUUGCCGCCUUCCUCGUCGUCGAGUACCGCGUCGCCGCCGACCCAAUCAUCCCGCUGCCGGUGCUCUCCUCGCGCGGCGUGCUCCUCUCGUGCCUUGCCCAGCUCGGCCUCAUGACCGCCCGCUGGUCGCUGCUCUUCUACGCGCCCGUCUUCGCCCUCGCCGUGCGCGGCGCCCCGCCCGCCGCCGCCGGCUCUGUCCUCGUCCCCACCAACGCGGGCUUCGCCGUCGGCGGCUUCCUCGCCGGCGCCCUGCACGUCCGCCGCGCCGGCUCCUUCUGGCUACCCUGCGUCGUCGUCACCGCCGUCUUUGGCCUCAGUCUGUUCCUGCUGGGCUUGGUCGCCUCGCCGGAAGCGUCAUUAGGCCCGUUCGUCGCGGUCGUCUUCCUCAACGGCCUGGCCACGGGUGCUGCGCUCAACUACAGCCUCGCGCACGUGCUGCACCUCUCGCACAAGGACACCGAGUAUGUCAGCACCAGCCUGCUCGGCACGUUUCGCGGCUUCGGGGGCAGCUUCGGCACGUCCAUCGGCGGCGGCAUCUUCUUUCGCUUCCUGAGCCGGGCCCUGACGGCGGGCUUCGCGGACCUUGAGGCCCGCCACGGUCGCGAGGGGCGCGGCCUGACGCCGGAGCACACGCGGCUCGUCACCAGGCUGCUCGGUGCUCCCGGUCUCGUCUAUUCAGGAGACUUGAGCGAUGAAGAGCAGCAGGUUGCCAUCAGCGGAUACAGUGGCGCCAUCAGGGGGGUAUGGCACGCCGCUGCAUUGCUUACGGUAGCUGUUGUUGCUGUGCAAGCGGCUGCUGGAUGGACAGCGCCGGGAGACCGCGACGUAGAAUAUAGCGUAGACGAAGAGGACCAGGCCCACGCCGCACUUUUAGAGAAUGAGGGUCUCGGAGAAGCUUAG